UCUAGACUUCUAGUGCAUCCGAUUGAUCCAUCAUACAUACAUACAUAUAUCUAUAUAUUUAGGGCGUUCCUCUCGCUCGCUUUCUCCCCACUCGGGGGUGCCCAACAACAAACGCGCAUUACGCCAAACACACAAAUAGCACCAACAACAAGCAAGAAGCCGUCUCCGCGAUCGCGACAAUGACGCCCUCAACCAUUGACCUCUUCAUCCUCACUUUCAACUGCGCAAAUAACCUCAUCAAUGUCGCGGUUUGGGCUGCGCACUUGAAGGCGGCGCUGUCGGGGCAAGGUGCUGCCGGGAAGGGGAAUGGGAAUGCGUUACCAGAUUUGGUUGUUUUCUCUCUGCAAGAAGUAGCCCCGCUGGCUUACUCCUUCAUCGGCCCUUACUUUUUGAACCCGUACUACGCUCGGUACGCCGAGGCACUCAACCUCGCGGCUGGGCAGCUACUUGAGGCCGAUGACUACAGGACGAGCAGUAAUGGUGCCAGUGGUAGUGGUGCCAGUGGUGGUGACCCUUACAAGCUCGUCCGGGCCAAGAACGUAGGGAUGACAGCCAUCCUGCUCUUUGCCCGCGACCCAUCCAAGAUCCAGCAGAUCGAAGAAGCAGAGUGCGGAUUUGGCGCCGCCGACAUGGGCAACAAAGGCGCGGUAGGGUUGCGGGUUACUUGGAGCGAUGUGGAUGGCAGGGAGGACAACACGAUAGCGACGACGACGACAGAAGAACCAAAGACGACGGAACUCACCUUUGUGGCGACACACCUGGCUGCCAUGGAGUGGAACCUAAAGAAGCGCAACGCCAACUGGCGCAGCAUCGUGUCAGGACUGACGUUUGCCAACCCGCGCGAGGUUUUGCCCAAAGGCGAGUUCCCAUCCGAAAGCCGAGCAGCGCGGUCGACGCCGGAUAGGUCUGGAGCGGGGGAUACCGCUCCUCCUGUGCCCAGAGGUACUCAGGACAGCAGCAACUCAGCCGACGACGACGACGGCGAUUCCGACGCCCAACCCCUCCUCAACACCAACCCAGACCAUACCUCCACGCUCCAAUCCAUCUCCAUCUUCAAACCAACCUCCCACCUCUUCCUAGCCGGCGACCUCAACUACCGCAUCAACACCACCACCCCUCCCCCCCUCGCCACCUACCCCUCCUUCGAUCCUUCUUCCGCCAACCACUUCUCCAAUUUCUUGCCGCGGGACCAACUCACGCAGGAGCGCGAAGCCGGACGGACCAUGCACGGCCUUUCCGAGGCGCCGAUAACUUUUGGUCCGACGUAUAAAUACGACGUUCAUCCUGUCAAAGGGGAGGCGGUCAAUGAGGAGAGUGUGAAGAGGGGGAACAAGGUAAAUGGGGUCCCGGAGGUGCCGUGGCGGUUUGCGAGCCAUCGGUGGCCGGGGUGGUGUGAUAGGGUGUUGUAUUUGGAUGUUCCGGCCUGGGUUACAACAGAGCCAGAGGCAGAGGCAGAGGCAGAGCAGCGGAAAAAGAAGGUGGAAGUGGAAGUGGAGGCGUACGAUUCCCUGCCGGUCGUGGAAACGAGUGAUCACCGGCCGGUAUUCUUCAGGGCCAAGGUGCCGGUUUUGGGGGAGGAGGAGAUGAGGGUACCUUUACUCACGGAGGAGGGUGAGGGUGAGGACGAACUGGUACUGGAAGAAUGGAAAAAGGAUCCCCGGGUGUCGAUACCCAUGCCCGUGGACGUGCAUGCUUGGGAGAGGAGAGCGGCGGCCAGGAGGAAGGAGGUGGUGGUGGGGUGGACGGCGUUCUUUUGGAGUACCGAGGAGGGAGCGCUGGUGUUGGUGGCGUUGUUGGUUAUGGGUGUUGGGAGUUGGUGGCUUUUACGGGAUUGGUAGUAGAGAAGGUUUGGAUGAUGGUUAUGAUGGAUGUUCUGGUUGCAUGGGCGGUUUCUUGGGUUUGCAAAUUCUUGGAUACGGGAUAUGAUAUGGAGUAGGGAAUGGUUGCGAACGUCUACGUCUACCUAUAUGGUCAUCCUAAUCGUUUGAUUGGUAUAGGAGGAUAUACCUACAAUGCACUUUUUAGGUCUGAGGAGG